AUGUCAUACGACCUCUCAGCGGCCUUCAAUGCUGCUCAGCCAGUCACUCGCGUCAUGUCGAUUCCGGAGCUGUUUUCAACCAUCGCACACUUUGCCCUCGACAUCUACAUGCCUUUGGAACCGGAUAGAACUCGUUCGAAUAUCGGACCCGGUGUAUAUACGCUUGGGGCUGCUGUUGCGAUUUCGCACGUCUGCGCGACAUGGGAGAGUAUACAAAGGGCACUCAGUGGAGAUCUCCGAAACCUCAUCGAGUUGCACCUCGAAAAUGUCUUUUGGGGUUCUUUGGAAGCUGUUCAUCCCCCCCACGAAGCUUACGCGCUUGAAUUACCGCAGGUUGUCGACCUGCGCUUGUACAAUGUGAGCUCAAGUCUGCUCGUUGCGAUCAAGGCGCCAAGACUCGAAGACUUGUAUAUCGCGCAUAUGACCGUAUCCAUAGCGAGUAUCUACGAAAUCCUGAGGCACAGCCCGCUACUCGAAACUGUGUCUUUAGACGACUGCGAAUACGUGACGCUUGACGUCGGAGCGCUGGACCAACCGGGCGCAUCACUGGGCUCUGACGUCGGAGCGCUGGACCAACCGGGCGCAUCACUGGGCUCGCCGUUUGAGCUUCCAGAGCUUCGCCUUCUUGACCUUUUCGAUAGCCAGUUCAGAGAUACAGCCCCACGAUGCUUCGAGCAGAUUCUCGAGAUGCUGUCCAGCGACCCUAUUGACCUCGCAGUCUCUCUGCAAGUCGGGUGGACUGAGAAGCUCGUUUCUCUGUGUCUUCAUCACACACAUCGCCAUCUUGUCCCUAAUAUCCUUUUCAUCGCGGAGGACCUCCAGUUUUAUCGUUUACCGGUUGUGCCGCCGUCGCCAUUCUCGCCCGAUAUGGUCGACACGAAAGCAGGACAUGCCAUUCUCGCCUAUCCUGAUCUGGACUGGAUUUUUGCGGAACUUCCGCGCCUUGAUUUGCACGAACAGCUCUCCAACAUCACGUUUUUGGAAACAAAUACUUGCGUCGUCGAUUACGGCGGUGAUGUCAGGUCCUCCCUGCGCACGCUGAUGUGUGCUUUACGCAACGUCGAGACGUAUUGGGUGAAUAAUUACCUGAGAUCCCCCUCUGAUUCAGACUGGCACGAUGAUUCACGCCUUAAUAGUUGUGAUUGUCUUUGGAAGUGCCUCAUUCCAGCCACGUCCGGAAAUGACAAGCGGUUGCCGUUACCUCGCCUCCACAAUCUUGGACUCCGCGUCACCGCGCGGAUCAGCACAGACCCUCUGGAAGAGGUUUGCGAGGUCCUCAAGAUCCGCGGAGAACAUGGAUUGUCGAAGCUCGAGUCGCUCUCGUUUCCAUUCAUCCCUUAUCCGCAAUCCAACAAUACAGUGGGUGCGCUCGCGCGGAGCGUCUCUUGGGCGCCGAUUACAAGUCAUGCAGCAGCUGUCCCUGCAGGAGAUCAGGGUCACUCAUGA